UCAACAAGCAGUUAAACAGUCAGGAGCCAGCAAGACGAGCUGCUGGAAAAGCAAGAAGCAACGCUGCAAGGGUAGCCCAGCGAGAGACGAUGCUGAGCGGGAGCUAGGCAGGCUGCAACAGUCGCAGAAACAAGCAGCAGUGACAGUAGCCAAAGCACCGGAAUCAACAGAUGGUGUGAUAAAUCUGAGGAACUGUCCCCGAUUGAGGUGUCAUUAAAGGAGAUUGUGGAACAAAUUGCUAAUCUAAACAGUAAUAAGUCACAGGACCAGAUGGGAUUCACCCAAGAGUUCUGGAGGAACUCAAAUGUGAAAUUGCAGGACUGCUAACUGCCGUCUGCAACCGAUCGUUUCAAUCCGCUUCUGCACCAGCUGACUGGAGCAACCUAGGAAGGUAGCGAGACCUGAGCCAGGAGAGAUCAACUCUGAAGGUACAGGCAGCAGCAGCAAACUGAGAAAGCAUCUAAAGGAAAAAACUUAACUGCACCUCCUGGGACGCGAAGCCAGCUGGGAUCAGCCGCUCCUCCCGCCCUGCAGGACCCCCGGGCCGGGCAUUGGGACCCCUGGGGCGUGGCGAGGUGUGACCGGAGCCCCCGGGAAGCAGGUGGAGCAGUAACGCCCGGGCUCCCCGGCCCCUGGUGCCGUGCAGCAUGGUCCUGCAGGAGUCUCCGUUCCCGAACCGGUUCCUGAGCGGCCUAUACAGCCUGGGACAGUACCUGCUCUUCCCCAGCUACUGGGCCACUGACUGCCUGCUCGACCUCAGAGAGACCACGGCGGAACGGCAGCAGAGCUGGUGCCGGUGCUGCCCCUGCUCCCCCCUGCGGGCAGUGGUCACCGGCCCCUUGCUGCUGCUGCUCCUCCUCCUCUCCAUGCCAGUCGCCCUCCUGGGCCUGCUGCUGUGGCUCCCGCUGCAGGCUGCCCGCAGGCCCUUCGCCUACAAACACACCGCGCCCUCGCGCCACCCAGAGCUGUGGGAGCUGCCGGGCACGGGCAAGGCCUUCAGCUUCGUCAGCGCCAACGUGUGCCUCCUGCCCGACGGCCUGGCCAAGAACAGCAAUCUGGGACAGAUGAAGCAGCGCGUGGCCAGCAUCGGCCAGCGCCUCACGCAGGGGGAGGCCAGGGCCAGCUUGGCCAGCCCCAGGAGCAGCCAGUUCGACAGGGAGGAAGGGGCUGGGCCUGGGGAGAUCUCGGCACCCUUCCCGCCGGAUGUGGAUUUCCUUUGCCUACAGGAGGUGUUCGACCAGCGAGCGGGCGCCCGCCUGUGCCAGCUGCUGAGCCCCUUCUACGAGCACAUCGUGUACGACGUGGGCACCUACGGGCUGAAUGGGUGUUGUACUCUCAAGGUCUUAAACAGUGGGCUCUUCCUGGCCAGCCGCUACCCCGUGCUGGCCGCCCAGUACCACUGCUACCCCAACGGUAUCCGUGAGGACGCGCUGUCCGCCAAGGGGCUGCUCUCCGUGCAGGUGCAGCUGGGGGGAGCCCAAGGGCAGAGGAUUGUGGGCUACCUGAACUGCACACACCUGCACGCUCCAGCUGGUUACAGUACGUGUUACGGAGCCCACGCACAGAUCCGCUUUGACCAGCUCACCAUGGGGCUCUCCUGGGUGCAGCUGUUCCAGGACGCCCACGCGCAGCAAGGGGAUGUCGUCGCCUUCGAUGUGUUCUGCGGGGACUUCAACUUCGACAACUGCUCCUCAGGGGAUGAGUUGGAGCAGACCCACCACAUCUUCCAGCAGUACCAAGACCCAUGCCGAGUGGGGCCCAAGAACGACAAGCCCUGGGCCAUAGGCACCCUGCUGAACUACCUGGAGAUCUACGAGGAGGCCGUGUCGACCCCAGAGAAGCUGAAAAGCACCCUGGAGCAAGAGGAGGGCAGGCGGAAGUACCUGGCCUGUCCCAUCCUGAAGGACGGCUGCCCCGACCCCUCGGCAGCAGGGAGCCCCUGGGAAGGGCGUCGCAUCGACCACAUCCUGUACCGCGAGCACCCCGCCCCCAUCAGCCUGACAACGGAGGUGGAGAAGUUUUCCUUCAUCACCCAGCUGGCCGGCUGCUCGGACCACAUGGCUGUAGGGCUGCGGCUGCUCCUCAACCCUGCGCCGCAGUGACGGCAGCGAGUGUGAACCCCGGCGUAACGAUGCAGCCUCUGGAGGGACACAACUGAGAGCGCCAAUUCAGGACAAAUUGCUUCGAGCAGGGCAGUCACAGCCCUAAGCUGGGGGUCCUUUACAAACUAAGGCACGCCAAACCAGCCAAACAGAGAGGACUUUGGUUUAACCCUCUGUUUAACCAUAAGUCACACAAGCAAUUCCCUCAGACACUCCAGUUCCCCAGUAUCAACCCCAGCAGCCACUUCUUAUGGGGAUGAAUGGUUACGAAAACCAAUUCCCCCCCCCCCUCCAAAAAAAAAAGGGUUCUCCCGAUCCCAAAGGACCAAGCCCCAGACCCAGGUCAAUAUACAAAUCAGAUCUUACCCACAAAUCACACUGUUGCCAAUCCUUUCGAAUCUAUAAUCUAAAGGUUUAUUCAUAAAAGGAAAAGGAGAGAGAUGAGAGCUAGAAUGGGUGAAAUGGAAUCAAUGACAGACAGUCAUGGCCAAGUUCUUGGUUCAGGCUUACAGCAGUGAUGGAAUAAACUGCAGGUUCAAAUCAAGUCUCUGGAGAACAUCCCCAGCUGGGAUGGGUCCUUCAGUCCUUGGUUCAGCGCUUCAGUGUAGCAAAGUUCCUCCAGAGGUAAGAAACAGGAUUGAAGACAAAAUGGAGUGGUUUCUGGGGCCUUUUAUAUCCUCUGCCAUGUGGAAGGAAACCCCUUUGUUCUUACUGUCGGAAAUCACAGCAGCAAGAUGGAGUUUGGAGUCACAUGGGCAAGUCACAUGUCCAUGGAUGACUCAGUUCUUUACAGGUAGAGCAACCAUUGCUCACAUGCUACCUUGAACAUUCCCAGGAAGACUUCUUAUGUGGAUUUGAGUCUCCCAAGGUCCAUUGUCAGUUAAGUGUUUCUUGAUUGGGCACUUAAUCUGAAGAGUCCCUUCUCAAAAAGAUGGCCAAAUGCUUCACUGGUGCUACUUAGAAUUAAACACAUUGAGAUACAAGUGCAUAGCCAAUAUUCAUAACUUCAAAUACAAAAAUGAUACACACAUACAAACAGCAUAAUCAUAACCAGCAAAUUACAACCUUUUCAUAGACACCUUACUUGACCUCCUUUGUACAAGAUUUGGUGCAACUAUAGGACCUUGGUUGCAACAAUGAUUUAUACCGUCACAGGACAUAGAGAAGUUCUCCUUCAUCACCCAGCUGGCCGGCUGCUCGGACCAUGUGGCUCUGGGGCUGCGGCUGCUCCUCAACCCUGCGCCGCAGUGACGGCAGCGAGUGUGAACCCCGGUGUCCGGGGAGGAAGGUCAAUGUAGAGACCUCGUUAUGGUGGGGCUGGGCAGGGCCCUUCCACUCCCCCUCCCUGUGCUCCUUCCCCCUGACUUGGACAGUCUGCGAAGCUCUUGGCUGGAUGGGGCUGGAUGGACUGAAGGGCUAGGGUUAGGGCUGGGCUAGAGUCGCCCCCAGGAGCUCUGCUGGUCCCAUGGGAGGUGGGUCUGCGCUGGCCAGGGGGCCCAGGGAAGGAGACAUGCUGGUCCACUGUGCCCCCUCUGGCCGCUGAGGCCCAGCACCUUGGGUCUGGGCUCAGGGCCUGUGGGGGAUCACUACGGUGUGGAGCCGCCUCAAUUUCCCCUGUGUGGGGCAGGGUUAACUAGGUGGGGGGAUGCUGGGGCUGACUGCACGUUACCUUGGCCUGUUAUUACAGGAUGGUCCAGGUGGGGCUAGUAGUGAACUGGCUUUGAUCAGCUGGGCUGUCUUGCAGCCACUCCGACUGGAUAAACAAGUGAAGAGAUAAGCGGGGCCUAAGAGUGUUAAGUGUGGGAAUAGAAAGCAACAGUGUUGCCCGCCAGAGCCUGGUUGGGGAUGAAUACACCCCCUUAGAAAGAGAUGAUGAUAAAAAAGGCUCUGAGAAUUGCUUUAGAUGAACAGUCUCCCCUGUGGACCUCGGCCUUGUGGGUGCCCAGGAAUUCCCCACGCUGGAGCAGCGCCUGCUACGAGCCCUCAAGGACAAGGCUGGAGGGUCCAGGACUGUCCUUAGAAGAAGGGGCAUAUGCAUUGAUUCUUGCUUGCUUGCUUGCUGGAAAGCACGUAUUCAGUAACACAUGAAGGCUGGGAAGCUUAUUAUACUUUAGCAAUAAAACCGGUAAUAUUUACA